CGGAAACAAUGGUGGCGUCCAUCUACAAAGGAGCCCGCAUGGGCGGUUGCGGGGCAACAUGAUGGGCCUUGUCAAGCGCUUGCUGCAGACCUUUCCUCUUACCGUGUGUCCUGCUUUUAUCUUCUUCCUGCACGGACGAUGAGGCUCUGCUGAAGUCGAGUCUGCAUGCGUCUGUCUACUGUUUUCUAGCCUUGCGCGAGCAAUUGAAUUGCUGUGUCUACUCCUCGUCCAGUUAUCUCUGGGAGAACUGGCUGGUAUUGCACGAGAUCUCGACCUGGAGUGCUCUUCUCCUCGGCAGGACCUAUCAAUCACAGAGCUUAGGAUCUCAUUCAGUCAUGCUUGUCACUACGCUCGCGAACGUCGAGCUUCCGCCGAUCUUUUCUAGGGUCAGGCUCAUCGCCUUUGCGUUGAUGACGAUGCUGAGCUUGGUGGGGACAACACUGCUGUGCGUGGAGCUGUUCGUGAGGGUGGACGUGACAGACAAUUCCCAACGAAACAUUGUUCUGCUUCUCAUCCUCAUCAAUUCCUGCACAUCUAUCAUGUUCCCGGCCAUGCUCCUUGUCCAAUACACUCCACUGUGGGAGGCUGCCCGCCUACUAUGCCUCGUCUUCUUCCAAAUUGGUUCUUCUGGCGUUUUCACGGCUUGGUAUGCAGCCUUUAGAUGCCCGGAUCCCGUGGCUACAUGCAGACGCAUCAACAUGGCCAUUUUGGCUAGUGUCUGGGUCAUACCAACUCUGCUCUUGAUGUACUCCGGCACCCUGGCUGCGAUGGUGUACUGGGGCUGGAAGCAUCCAGAAUUCCAAACCGCUGUUCUGCGCGAGAAGCGUGAAUCCGAACUCCCCAUGAUGUCGCCACCACCCGAGCAAUUGCGCAUCAGGUCCAGCACGUUCGCUGAUUUACUUGAAGCAGGAGGCAUGGGCUCUAAAGCGCCCGACGUACCUGUUCCUCCACUUCCGCACGCUCCCGAGGCGCAGAAACGAAACUCGGCGCAAUCUGCCAAGUCAACUUCCUCUCGAUCGUCAAAUUCUUCUGGAAGAUUGACCAAAGGGAAACCGAAAUAUUUCUAUUAGAUCUCGGACAUCGUUAUACCCUCUUAGUCGAGCUCUCGUGUGUAGUUACGAAGCGACCCGCGUUCCUAGAGUCCGAUUCUGUAUCGCUGAUUGAAUGCCGAGUCGCCUCUUUGUUCGGGUCAGCGCACCGAGUUUGUUCAAAUUGUUGCGCUGUUGCGGUA